AUGAGUGACUGUGUGGAGGAAGAGGACGGAGCAGGGUCUCUAGUAUCCGGCUGUCUGUCUAUGAAGAGUGACCUCUCCAAGACUCCUCCAGACUUCGGUAAUGAGCCUGGACCCUCGGACACAAAAGGUCAAGACAACACGCAGAGAGCAGAGUCUGUAGUAUCCAGCUGUCUGUCUAUGAAGAGUGACCAGUCCAAACCUUAUCCUCUGGACUUCAGAAAUGAUCCUGGACCCUCAGUUAUUGGUGGUCAGCAUGAAUAUAAGAUCAGUCUGAAGAAGACAUGUGACCGUGUCACUGAAGGAAGUGAUCAAACAGGAAAUGGAACCCGCCUCAACGCUAAAGGAAGUGAAACAUCCCUUAAAAGGAUCUACACUGCGGUCUACAUCACAGAUGGGCAGAGUGAAGAGGUUAAUACCCAACAUGAGGUGAGGCAGCUUGAGACAGCUUCCAAGAUUAAUGAAACCAACCCAAUCGAUUGCAGCGACAUCUUUAAAGCCUUACCUGGCCAACAGAAACACAUCAGAGUCAUCCUGAUGAUCGGCGUUGCUGGCGUUGGAAAAACGUUCUCAGUGCAGAAGUUCACCCUGGACUGGGCCGAGGGUUUGGAAAACCAAGAUGUCAGUUUGGUGAUUCCGCUUUCGUUCAGGGAGCUGAACUUGAUCAAAGAUGAGCAGUACAGUCUACUCGAGCUACUCCAUGUUUUCCAUCCAACAUUACAGAAGGCCACAGCAGAACAGCUUGCUGGAUGUAAUGUUCUGUUCAUCUUUGAUGGCCUGGAUGAAAGCAGACUUUCACUGGAUUUUCAAAACAAUGAGGUUGUGUCUGAUGUCACAACAAAGUCAUCAGUCAACGUGCUGUUGACUAACCUGAUCAAAGGGAAGCUGCUUCCCUCAGCUCUCAUCUGGAUAACUUCCAGACCUGCAGCAGCCAAUCAGAUUCCUCCUGCAUGUGUUGACAGGGUAACAGAAGUACGAGGCUUUACUGACGCCCAGAAGGAGGAGUACUUCAAGAAGAAAGUCAGUGAUGAAAAGCUGUCCAGCAGAAUCCUCUCACACAUCAAGACAUCCAGGAGCCUCCACAUCAUGUGUCUGCUCCCAGUCUUCUGCUGGAUCACUGCUACAGUUCUGGACCACAUGUUGACUACAGACCAGAGAGGAGAGCUGCCCAAGACCCUGACUGACAUGUACUCACACUUCCUGCUGGUUCAGACAAAGAAGAAGAAGCUCAAGUAUGCCGAGGGACAUGAGACAAGUCCACAGGAACUGACGGAGACUGACAGGGAAGUUCUUCUGAAGCUGGGAAGGCUGGCGUUUGAACAGCUGGAUAAAGGAAACAUCAUGUUCUACCAAGAAGACCUAGAGCGAUGUGGUCUUGAUGUCACAGAGGCCUCGGUGUACUCAGGAGUUUGUACACAGAUCUUCAAAAGAGAGAGUGUGAUCUUUCAGAAAAAAGUCUACUGCUUCGUUCAUCUGAGCAUUCAGGAGUUUCUGGCUGCAGUCUACCUGUUCCACUGUUACACCAACAGGAACACAGAGGUACUGGAGGACUUCCUGGGAGAGGUCUACGUUGAUUCAUCCCUGGAUGUCUUCCUGAGUAAAACCAUGGAGAAAUCCCUCAAAAGUAAAAAUGGCCACCUGGACCUGUUUGUUCGCUUCCUUCAUGGCCUCUCUCUGGAGUCCAACCAGAGACUUGUAGGAGGCCUGCUGGGUCAGACAGACAACAGUCCAGAAAUCAUCCAGAGAGCCAUCAACAACCUGAAGUGGAUGAACAGUUAUGGGAUUUCUCCUGACAGAAGCAUCAACAUCUUCCACUGUCUGAUAGAGAUUAAUGACCACUCAGUCCACCAAGAGAUCCAGGAGUUCCUGAAGUCAGAGAAGAAAUCAGAGAAGAACCUCUCUGUGAUCCACUGCUCAGCUCUGGCCUACAUGCUGCAGAUGUCAAAGGAGGUUCUGGAUGAAUUGGACCUGAAUAAAUACAACACAUCUGAGGAGGGACGACUGAGACUGAUUCCAGCUGUGAGGAACUGCAGAAAGGCUGUACUUACUGGCUGUCGAAUCUCAGAGACUCACUGUAAAGUUGUGGCCUCAGCUCUGAAGUCUAACCCCUCCCCUCUGAGAGAGCUGGACCUGUAUAACAACAAGCUGCAGGAUUCAGGAGUGAAGCAUCUGUCUGCUGGACUAGAUAGUCCCCACUGUAGACUGGAGACUCUGAGAUUGAAGAGCUGCAGUUUGUCAGAGAUCAGCUGGGCUUCUCUGGCCACAGCUCUGAAGUCCAACCCGUCCCAUCUGAGAGAGCUGCAGCUGAGUUACAACAAGCUGCGAGAUUCAGGAGUAAAACUGCUGUCUGAUUUUCUGGAGAGUCCACACUGUAGACUUGAGACUCUGAGAUUACGGAGCUCUGGUUUGUCAGAGGUCACCUGUGCUUCUCUGGUCUCAGCUCUGAAGUCCAACCCCUCCCAUCUGAGAGAGCUCGAUCUGAGUGACAACAGGCUGCAGGAUUCAGGAGUGAAGCUGCUCUGUGGUUUUCUGGAGAGUCCACACUGUAGACUGGAAAGUCUGGGAUUAAGGUGUUGCAGUUUAUCAGAGAUCAGCUGUGCUUCUCUGGCCUCAGCUCUGAAGACCAACCCCUCCCAUCUGAGGGAGGUGAACCUGAGUCUCAACAACCUGAAGGAUUCAGACGUGAAGCUGCUCUGUGAUCUUGUGGAGAGUCCGAAUUGUAGACUCGAGACUCUGAGACUUACUGGCUGUCGAAUCUCAGAGACUCACUGUAAAGUUGUGGCCUCAGCUCUGAAGUCUAACCCCUCCCCUCUGAGAGAGCUGGACCUGUAUAACAACAAGCUGCAGGAUUUAGGAGUGAAGCAUCUGUCUGCUGGACUAGAUAGUCCCCACUGUAGACUGGAGACUCUGAGUCAUUACGUCUGAUGGCUGAAAAGAAAACCACCACCUUAUGGCAGCGCUUCACCCAGCCAACACCAAAACAAAGAAAUGCUGCUGGUUGCUACUGUG